AUGCCUCACUUCACACCCCCCUCUGACACCUCCCUCCCUUUCCUCGCCUUCAAUUCAAAAGAUGACUGGUAUCACAGAGGGGCUCCCAGUGUUUCCACGGCAACCCAGCCAGCUGCAGGAAGUCACCAGCGGACCUCCGCCAAUCACAGUCAGGCGGCGGCGAGGAGAGCCAAUGAGAUGCUGAGGGAGAUGAGACGUUUGAGGACGGAGAUGAAGACGCUGCUGAACGUGAGUACAGAUGGUCAGAAAACUCUCCGAGAACCACCAGACCUGGACCAGAUCACCACCAGUCCCAACACACUGAGUCCCAACAAACCCACCCCCAGUCCCCUCAAAGACCUUUCCAACAUUCCCAGUCCCAACAUAAUCAGCCCCAUCAGUCCCAGACCCAGUUCUCCCAGCAGCCCCAUCAGUCCCAGACCCAGUUCUCCCAGCAGCCCCAUCAGUCCCAGACCAAGUUCUCCCAGCAGCCCAAUCAGACCCAGACCCAGUUCUCCCAGCAGCCCCAUCAGACCCAGACCCAGUUCUCCCAGCAGCCCCAUCAGACCCAGACCCAGUUCUCCCAGCAGCCCCAUCAGACCCAGACCCAGUUCUCCCAGCAGCCCCGUCAGUCCCAGACCCAGUUCUCCCAGCAGCCCCAUCAGACCCAGACCCAGUUCUCCCAGCAGCCCCAUCAGACCCAGACCCAGUUCUCCCAGCAGCCCCAUCAGACCCAGACCCAGUUCUCCCAGCAGCCCCAUCAGACCCAGUUCUCCCAGCAGCCCCAUCAGACCCAGUUCUCCCAGCAGCCCCGGAGGAGGCCUGUGGUUCCGUCCAUGUUGGAGGAGGCAGGUCUGGUUCUGCGUCAGGUCCAGAGACAGAAGAAGGUUCUUGAGGAGAACCUGGACUCUCUGAGGAGAGCCAAGACCGGAGAGGUUCUGCACUGCCAGCUGGAGGCGCUGGCUGCUAACAGAGACUUGACGGAGGAGGUCCGGAUCAAGAAGACAGUGGACGCCUGGAUCACCUCUUCAACCAAACACAUCCAG